AUGAGUGAAGGACUAAGCCAAGACGAUUUUCGUAAACUCAUGCAGACGCCUCGUGCAUCAUCUAACAGCAGCAGUACACCUCAUCCUUCUCGAUUUAAAACACCAGUUUCAAAAACACCGCAAUUCUUACUUUUUUCUUUCUCUCUGUUUUGCUUUAGAAAUGAACGAUCAGAGAAAAGAUACGACGAUGACGAUGAUGAUGAGGAAGGCAGAUCACAUCAAUACCGCGAUCGUGCUGCUGAACGACGUAAUGAAGAAACAACUGCUGAUGAAGCAGAAGCACCUGUACAAACUAUGGAGGACGUUCUUCGUAGUACCCUGAUCACACAAGAUAGUACACUCGAUGCUAAGCAAGCCUACGAAAAGUCAAAAUACUUAGGUGGUGAUGUAGACCAUACCCAUUUAGUCAAAGGUCUUGAUUUCAGUCUCUUGGAACGAGUCCGAACAGAACUAGAAACUAAACGUGCCCAGGUGGACGAGAUACACCGCGAGGCUGAAGCAGAGAAUGAAUUAGAUGACUGUCUAGACAAGAUCGAUCGAGGAGAAUCGAUUGCAACAAACGAAGAAGAGAUUGCAGAAGACGGAUCCAUAAUCACUCAUACAGCAAUGGGAAGACAGAUUGCUGAUUUAUUAUCCAAAACAGAAACCAAAUCAGGCGGUAUAAACGAACUUUUUGUGCCUGGUCGAAUGGCCUUUGUAUUCGAGUUGGCUGAUGAGGUUGGCCAUUAUCGUGAUGCCUUCUCUAUUCCAACCAGCAUCAUUAGAAGUAAAACAGACGGCGUCACUCGACUUGGUCAGACAGGAUGGUCGGAGGAUAUGGAGGCAGAGUCUACUCUCGUGAUUAGCAAAGUGUCUCAAGUUAUGGCCAAUGCGCGCGUAGUGGAGAAGGCUAUCGAAACAAAAAAAGCUUUGGCCAAAUCUGCAUCGUCUGCAUCGGCUGCAUCUACCCCUGCUUACUUGUCUGCUAUAUCAAAGCCUAAUCCAAUGGUCACAAUUGACUGCGAUAUUUUUGAAGACGCUGGCAGAGAUUAUCAGUUAGAUGAAUCAACCAUUGAAAAGAGCACAGAAGUAGAUGAGAAUGGAAAAUUGGAUUAUUUCAAGGGAUUCCAGCCCAAUGGAUCUGAUAAUAAGGAUAAUCAAAAUGAAGAUGUGGAGAUGAAAGAUGUGGCAGAAGAGCAAGUAUCUGCACUCCUGUCGCAGGCGACGGGUCGCGGUGCCUUGGCAACACCGGAUAUCCCAGUAGCUGGAUCGCAGCCUCUGGAAAACAAAAAUGAGGAACCCCUUGAAGUUCCUUCAAAAAGACGACGGGAUUAUCAAGCAGAUGAAGUUGAUGCAGAUGCUAAUGACAUGGACAUGUAUGGUCUCAGUACGUCUGCCCUUCCAACCUCAUUCGAAGAUCGUCAGCGUACAGUAGCGUAUGACGGAACCUCGGAUGAUGAUGAAAAUGAAGGCACGUCUGUUCCGACAUCGCUAGUGGAUCAAGGCACACAUCGCAACAAAAAGGCCCAGUUAACUCGCUGGGACUUUGACAAUGAAGAGGAAUGGCAAAAGUACAAGGAUACUGUUGAAAUCUAUUCAAAGAGUGCUUUCCAGUUCGGUGUCAAAUUGGGAGAUGGCAGAAAGCGUAACAGAGAGAGAAGAGGCAUGAAUGACAAGCAGAAACUCGAUCGAGAUUAUCAGCAAGUCAAAAACUUGAUGGAUAAAAAGUAUGGAAAGUCUUAG